UCUCAUUGUGUUCUAUUCUUUCCACUCUCUCACUUCUCUUCAGUCUUAUUUAUUUUUUUCAUUCAUAUCAAUUGGAAUUACUGUAGUUUUUCAGAAUUUGCUAGCAACUUUGGUUUGUGAUAUCAUCUGAAAGGAAGAAUCUUUAGUGGGGUGGCCAUGGAUAACAACAACAAUCAACAAUCUUUUUGGCAAUUCAGUGACCAGCUUAGGCUUCAUACAUCCAAUUUGGCGAAUCUUUCACUAAAUGAUUCAAUCUGGAGCAACAACUACACCUCAAAGAGUCAUGAUCAGAGAAGGAACUUUGAUGUUAAGGGUAGUGGUGUUGUUGACAUUAAUUCCUUCACUGAUCUCAAUUCAAAGCCUUCUGAUUUCAAGGAUGGGUGGAAGAUGACCAAUUCCAAUGGACCCCUUUUCUCUAUGCCUCUCAACAACAUCAACGACAACACUCUUGGAGGCUUCAACAAGGGAAUUUAUACCAACACUUCUUCCUCUUAUGUUAACCUUAACAAUAACAACAACCUCAACAACAUCAAUCUCAAGGGCUACAAGUCAGGUUUCAAGGGUCAAGAUGAGUUUCACUACCCAACCAAAAGUGCUAAGAAGAACACCAACAUCAACAACAACAAAAAGCAUGGUGACAAUAAUGAUGUCACCAAGACUGCUGCAGACAAGAGAUUCAAAACUCUGCCACCAUCUGAGUCUCUACCAAGGGAUGAAAUCAUUGGAGGCUAUAUCUUCGUUUGCAACAAUGAUACCAUGGCAGAGAAUCUCCAAAGACAGCUUUUUGGUCUGCCUCCAAGAUACAGAGAUUCAGUUCGAACAAUAACUCCAGGGUUGCCCCUUUUUCUGUACAACUAUUCCACCCACCAACUCCAUGGUAUCUUUGAGGCUGCAAGUUUUGGAGGAACCAAUAUUGAUCCAGCGGCUUGGGAGGACAAGAAGUGCCCUGGUGAAUCUCGUUUCCCUGCUCAGGUACAAGUAAUUACUAGGAAAGUUUGUGAGCCACUGGAGGAGGAUUCCUUCAGACCAAUUCUUCACCACUAUGAUGGCCCUAAGUUCCGUCUUGAGCUGAGUGUGGCCGAGGCACUAUCUCUUCUGGAUAUUUUUGCAAACCAGAAUAGUUUCAAUGAUAUUUUCAAAGCUAUACCGGCAUAAAAGGGUAGAAAUUACAGAGAAUACAAGAUCAGCAGUUACAAGACAAAUAGAUAAUGAAAACUGUGGACUUUAUAAAGAGGGUACAAAGAUAAGACACUGAUUAUAGUGGAGGACGAUUGGAUAUUCAGCCUUUAUAUAUGUGCGUGUAUGUGUGUGUUCUAGUGCUAUUUGUAUAGAGGCUGUUAUGCCUGAUUGCCCAUUUUUCUUGUUAUGGGUGUAUAUGAACAUGACAUAAGAGAAUAAAAUAAGAACUAUUUUUGCUUAUGGUUAACUUGUACAGAAG